AUAGAAUGAACGCAAUUGUGGAAAUAGCUUACGGUUACACUGCACUAACUUUCAAUCAUUAACUUACUUCCCGGUUGGUUUCUUGGACGUGGGAAGUUGUUUCAGCGACUUUACAGGGCCCAGCCGUUCAGUGAUCUAUACUAGCCGCGCGUCAGGGAGCUGAGAUGCAGGCCGGAGUCCGGGUUAUUCGAGGCCCGGAUUGGCAGAGUAAAAAGCAGGACGGCGGAGAAGGACACGUCGGCACGGUGAUCUACGUGCCGAAGGCUGGUUCGUCUGACGAUCACGUGACGGUUGUCUGGGACAACGGGCGGGAACUGCGUUACAGGGCGGGGAAAGAUGGGAAGUACGACCUCAGAGUGCUCGACAAUGCGCAAGCAGGUGUGAUCCAGGACGGGAUUGUGUGUGAUGAGUGUCGGGAGGACCCGGUGGCCGGGAUCCGCUGGAAGUGUGGGGUGUGUAACGACUACGACCUGUGUUCCGCGUGCUACAUGGCAGGCAAACAUGACACAUCACACGCAUUCAUGCGCAUCGCCCACCCCAAGACGCAGGCGGUCCCUGUGUGUCCCCGAAAGUCUGCCCCAACACAGACGGUCCAGGGAAUAUUCAGAGGCGCUAAAGUGAUGCGAGGGCCGCAUUGGAAAUGGAAAAACGACGAUGGAGGUAACAGCGAAAACGGCGAGGUAACCUCAGUUGUCCCCUGGCAGAAAAAGCUACCUCGCUCAGCCGUCACAGUACGGUGGCGUCAGACGAAGAAGGAGGGAACCUACCGACUGGGCGCCGAGGGUUGCGUGGACGUUGUUUACGAAGAAUGUACUUCCGGUGGCAAAUAUUACCAUGAGCACUUACCACUCGUCGACACGGUGAAUGAAGGAGAAAUCACUCUAAAGAACAGCGACAAAGUGCGUGUAUCGCUUGAUAAAGAUUCCUUCAAACGUCUGCAAGAGCACGAGGCUUAUGGGGGAUGGAGUGAGGGUUUGACCCAGUGUUUUAACGAGACUGGAACAAUCGUGAAGCUACUGUAUGAGGGAAAAGCGGCCCGGGUGCAAUAUACAGACUCCAAGACUUGGACCGUCAACAGACACGCCCUUUUCAGGAUUCACAGUUUCAGCCCGGGGGAGGCUGUAACAAUCAUAGAUGAAGUGAACACAGCCCGGGAGCUACAGGAGGGACACGGGGGAUGGAACGACGAUAUGACUGACACGCUGGGAAAGGUUGGUCGUAUCACGCGUAUCGAUAGUGAUGGUGAUAUGCGGGUCAAGGUCGGGCCCCGGGUGUGGAUCUACAGCCCCGUGUGCUGCAGGCCCGUGGAAGACCCCGCCCUGGCCAAGACGGCACCGGAACUCUCCAAGUCCGAGAUGGAGCACGGGGAGAUGGACGACCUGGGCGUAAUGAGGCGGGACAUGCAACGCGUCGCGGACCAGUUGGCGGACCUUUUUGUCGGGCUGCUGAAGGCGGUUCCGGAUGCCGACGACAGCGGAGACAUGGCGGUCGUAGAGGCCGCCUCCAAGGGCGACCUGCCCAGGGUCAAGGCCGCGGUUGACAAGGAUCCCAGGAAGGUUGACGCGGUACACGAGCACAAGACUGCGCUACAGCUGGCCUCGUACGAGGGUAAACUUGCGGUUGUCCAGUUUCUGUUGGACCGGAAGGCGGACGUCAACAAGGUGGACGAGGAAGGAGAUACAGCGCUUCACUUCGCUGCAUUCGGCCAGGAGGAGUCAUGCAUGAAGGUUCUCCUCAAGGCGGGCGCGCGCCCGGAUGUUCAGAAUCAGAAGGGACAGACAAGCAUUCAUAUCACCAUCGGCAAGGGCGCCCUACCGUGCACUAAACUACUGCUCGCCCAUAAAGCCUCCGUUAAUAUCAAGGACAAAGACGGGGACACACCCCUGCACGACUGUAUCAUCCAAACCCGGAAGGCGCUGCUCCUGGUUCCCGCGGUAUUCAAGUCCGCCUCGCCUGAUUUUACGGUGGAAAACGCCCGAGGGUUUAAUGUACUGCAGUGGGCAGCGCUCAAAAAUAACAAGGCUGCGGCGGAGAUUAUCCUAGACCGGAAGGUGGACAUCAAGGACCGGCGGAUGACUGAGGGGUUCGCCGCCCUCCAUAUCUGCGCCGCCAACGAUCACGUGGAGAUUGCCAGCCUGCUAAUUAAGGUAAAGUGUAACCUAGACGUCCUUGACAACCACGGCCGGACGCCGCUCCACAUCGCCGUCAGCCAAGGCAACAAGCGCUCAGUGGAAUUGCUUCUCACUGUUGGCUGUAAGGUGGACGUCCAGGAUGACGACGGAAACACGGCCUUGCACGUGGCACAAAUUAGCCGGGCUCUUCCAGAUCAGUUGGCGCGACUCUUGGGCGUCCCGCUGGUGAAUGACGACACAGGCAUACAGAUCUCGUGCCUGUUGGCGGAGGCGGGGGCCGCUGUCACCGUCAAGAACAAGAAGGGAGACACGCCCCUGGACCUGUGCUCUGACACCGCCACCAGGGAGUUCAUAAAGAGACUGGCCGACCGCACCGGGAAAGGGAUGGAGAAGGCGCCAACAACACGCCGGGGUGUGUUCCUGCCGGCGCAUUGGGAAUCCAUGGAAAGGGAAGACGUUGUGCGGCGGAUCCAUCUGAACGCGCCGGGAGCCAGUGGUCUCCUGCAGAAGGAAUUUCAGGAAGUGCAGAACAAGUUCCGGCGGACAAUGCCACAGGCGCGCAUCCUCAAGGUGGAACGCAUACAGAGCAAGUUCCUCUGGGAACAUUACUUCUUCAAGCGGAACCAGAUGGAGGCAGACUAUGGAAAGGGAUGCACGAACGAGCUCGACCUUUACCAUGGCACUAAGGCAGACCUGGUGGAGACUAUCUGCAUCCAGAGCCUUGACCCGCGUCUCGCGGGGGAGAACGUGGGCACACUCUUCGGUCAGGGCACAUACUUCGCCACCGAGGCUAAGUACUCGGACGGGUACGCCGAGCCGGACAAAGACCGCCAUAAGUUUUUAUUCCAGUGCCGGGUUUUGGCGGGUAAAUGGACAUACGGAGAUCCGAAGUACAAACGGCCUCCGGUGAUGGACGGUCCAGUGAAGAAGGGGUCCGUGGCGAAGCUCUAUGACUGCUGUGUGGACAACAUAAACAAGCCGAAGAUCUUCUGUCUGUUUGAUAUCAAUCAGUACUACCCGGAAUAUGUGAUCGAGUAUCAGUAAAGACUUAGUAGACGGAGUUAUGCAUACUGGGGGUUAAACCUUAAUUUUAUUAACUUAGAUUUAAAGCCCGACCGUCUUGAUGGACAUUUGUCCACUCGCCAUUUUUUGCCAAGGCGGCCACUUAAAGCUGCACCCUCACAGAUUGACCGUUUUGACAUUAUCUUUAUUUUUUGCCUUGGAAUGAGCCAAUUUGCAUGUAAAUGUAUGGAAAACAGUGAUAAAUGACUGCUGACAAAUGAUCAGAUCGCAGUUUUGUUAUUUACGUUCGAAAUUAUUUUUUUUAUGGCUAAGAGGGUAACUAAAGCGUAACUAACACUUUAAAAAAUAUAUAAAAAGUCGGCAUUUUCUAACGUAAUUAUGAAAACUGCGUUCUGAUAUCUUAUCAGAAGUCUUAUAUCACCGGAUUCCAGAUAUUUAUGCAAAAAUGGCACUUCCAAGACAAACAUUAAAUGAGUUGUCAAAAAGUCAAUCUGUGAGAGUGCAACUCUAAAAAACAAUUUCCGACAGGCGGUAUUAUAACAGACACAGUAAGACCGCCACACUAAAUAUAGAAUGGUCGUGUUUUGUAUUUUAUAUAUUUUAUUUGUAGUAGCCCAGAUCGAAGGAUUUUGAAAAUAUAUGUUCUGUAAAUAUAUGGCUUUAAAAAUC